UAAAAUGAAAUCUUCAAACAAAACAAAACCCUCCCAUCCCAAAACUUGAGGAAAACAAACGACACUAUCAGUUUCAUUUCAGUUGUUGUCGCCGUUCCCCCUCUAACCAACCGCCGCCGCCCCCAGCCACUGCGCCGUGCUUCAACCACAUCCGUACACGUUCCGCCGACGCUCUCCGACGAUACCUUGAGGUUUAGGUCGACUUAAGUGAAAAUGAUAGCAAUAGGGUUUGAAGGUUCAGCAAACAAAAUAGGUGUUGGUGUAGUAACCCUAGAUGGAACAAUUCUUUCAAAUCCACGUCACACAUAUAUAACACCACCAGGUCAAGGUUUUCUACCUAGAGAAACAGCACAACAUCAUCUUCAACACAUUCUUCCACUUGUCAAAUCAGCUUUAGAAACAGCACAGAUCACUCCACAAGACAUUGACUGCAUUUGUUACACAAAGGGUCCUGGCAUGGGAGCUCCGUUACAAGUUUCUGCUAUUGUUGUUCGCGUGCUUUCGUUGCUUUGGAAGAAGCCGAUUGUUGGUGUGAAUCAUUGUGUGGCUCAUAUUGAAAUGGGUAGGGUUGUAACUGGUGCUGAUGAUCCUGUUGUUUUGUAUGUUAGUGGUGGGAAUACUCAGGUUAUUGCUUAUAGUGAGGGAAGAUAUCGGAUUUUUGGGGAGACUAUUGAUAUUGCUGUUGGGAAUUGUUUGGAUCGGUUUGCUAGGGUUUUGACACUUUCCAAUGAUCCUAGUCCUGGUUAUAACAUUGAGCAGCUUGCGAAAAAAGGAGAGAAAUUUAUAGACCUUCCUUAUGUUGUCAAAGGGAUGGAUGUAUCUUUUAGUGGAAUAUUGAGCUAUAUUGAAGCAACUGCUAAUGAACAGCUAAAGAAUAAUGAGUGCACACCUGCAGACUUAUGCUACUCUCUGCAGGAGACACUGUUUGCCAUGCUGGUGGAGAUAACUGAGCGAGCCAUGGCUCAUUGUGACACAAAAGAUGUUCUUAUUGUUGGGGGUGUAGGUUGCAAUGAACGCUUGCAAGAAAUGAUGAGAACAAUGUGCUCAGAACGUGGUGGAAGGUUGUUUGCCACUGAUGAUAGGUACUGCAUUGAUAAUGGUGCAAUGAUAGCUUAUACCGGUCUCCUUGAAUUUGCCCAUGGUGCGUCGACUGCACUGGAGGAUUCUACAUUCACCCAGCGGUUCCGAACAGAUGAAGUCAAAGCAAUCUGGAGAGAAGCAAAUUUGGCAAAAUCAAAUAGUCUGGCAGACAAAACCGUUUGAUUUUCAAUCUUGAGGGCUGAGUACUCAAUUGUGACAGAUGUGAAUGAAAAACCCAUGGGACAAAUUGAUUUCCAAUUCAGCCAUCUUCAAGUUUAAGCUUGUAGUCAUACUCAAUUACAAUUAAAUUUAUUAGCAUGGCAACUUUAUGUAUGAAGAAACUCUUCAUUUUGUUUGAUGUUUUGUAGAGUUAUGUGGCGCAAUAGUGUCAUCUGCGCCAAGAUAUACCAGGGUCCAUGGUUCUGAAUCAAUGGCAUUUUCCCUGUACCUAAGGUCCUGGUAUGAGUGAUGUUGUAACAGAUUCCUUUCCUCCUCUCAUAGGAUUUACUAAUUUAUCCAUGUGAUCUAUUGGCAUUAAGGUAGUAAUGAUCUUGUUGGAUUUUGAUUAUGUAUUUGUCCACGUGAUAUCCAUGUAGAGAUGCACAUCCUCUUUAUUCUACCACUGUCUUAUCAAAGUCUCUUGGGAUCCAACCUUAUUGCCCAUGAUCUCUUUUAUUG